AUGCUUGUUUUAAAUAAAAAAUAUAAAGUUGAAUGUAUUGACAAAGAGGGAAAGUUAUACCAAAAUGUAUCUCGUGCCUAUUUACAAUGUAAUAAUAAUGAUGAGUGUAUUUUAGAUUAUCACUCUACACUUAUAAGGUUAAAUAAUGAAGACGUAUUGAAUAUUCAAAUAUAUGACAACUAUGAGACAGAAGUUAAAUGUGACUACCAAAUGAAUGGUACAAUUUAUCAAAUAGAAGAUUAUAAAGAUAAAAUAAAAGUCCAUGCCAGUUUUGGUGGUCUAUUGAUGAUACAAACACUAGAAAAGGAUGAGAUACAAGGAUUGACUAAUAGAAGUAAGAUAUCUUGUUUAGUAAGUAAAAUUUAA